AGACGACAUUAAUAAAAUCUGUGUGUAAAUUCACCGAUAUCGCACAAUAAUUUGAUAAUGGAAUUUCGCAUUUUAGUUUAUUUGUGUUCUUUACUAAUUUAUUGUGUCAAUUGUGUUAAAAUAACGAGUUUAGGUUCAUUUAAGAUAUCAGAUCCCGCUUUCGUUACUUUAUACGAGAAUCCAAAUGGGAAGGACCCAAAAGACAAAUAUGAUUUCGUUAUAUCAACAUUUAGUGCAAUCCCUUUUGCUACCGACACAGUGGGCAUUGUGAAAGGAAUUGGACAUUUUAUGGAUAAUGUGCCAGGCAUUAAACCGGAAACAUUGACGACACAAGCCACGUGGCCAAACGAAGCGGCCGGCGUUCCAGAUGAUGUUUUUGGAAAGCGUAUGGUUAUUGUCCCAUAUGGCUUCAUCUUACCGUUCAAAACUAACGGUGGUUUGAAAUUGAUUGACGUAUCUACCGAGCCACCGAGUGGUCCAUAUACAAUCACAGAUGAUUCUACUGGGCAAUGGUUCUAUCACAGGACAAGGUGGCAUGACAUGGACGGUGACGGGGACCUCGACGCCGUGACUUGUCACGCGAGGGAACCAAUUUUCGGUUCGAAGGCAAGUGAACUUCUAUGGUUGGAGAAUCCUAACGGUGACGUCACGUUCGCAUGGAAAACUCACGUUCUCAGUGAAGGACCCGAUAUUUUCUUUGAAUAUACCACAUUGAAUACUACAGACGGUCCUGUAGAGUGUAUUGUUACAGCUCAGUUUUUCACGAAAGCGCUAGGAAUUUACUGGACAACAAAUAGUAAAGGUCUUUGGACGAAUACAUCAGAGGUUAAAAGUAGAAUUAUUGAUGCCACAAUUGGUGCUGUAUUCGAAGUUAAACUUGAUGACGUCAAUAAUGACGGCAGAAUGGAUUUACUCGUCACCAAUAAUGGAAACAAUGGAUCGGUGUUUGUUUACGAAAUACCAGACGAUUUUAGAACUGGCCAGUUUAAACGUCACGUGAUAUCUACAGGCUAUGUCCCUAUAAGCACGGGUAAUGGCAAGGGCGCUCCAGGUUCGUCAUUCACAGCACGGAUUUCCAAUAAUACUAAACCAAUAAUCAUUGUAUCCGGUGACGAUAACGGCGGUGCCUACAUUUUGACAGCAAACAGUGAAAAUAAGAACGAUUGGACAUAUACGCAAACCACAGUUGUAACGACUGGCGGCGAAACUGUCGGACAGCUGGCAUGUGCCGACGUGGACGGCGAUGGAAUGCUAGAGCUUUUUGUACCUUCCUACAGUACAUCUGUAACGGACGUUUAUAGACUAGAAAUGUAGCUUUU